AUGCUCAUAAGGGAGGAAGGUGUCCAAACACCUGUGUAUUAUGUCAGCCGAGUUCUCCGAGAUCCGGAAACCAGAUAUAUUCAAGCGGAGAAGCUCGUGCUAGCCUUGAUUCACGCAGCUCGAAGGCUCAAGCCCUACUUCUUGGCUCACCACGUCUGCUUGAGGACAGACCAGCCGCUCCGGCAAGUCUUGUCACGACCGGAGGCCUCUGGGCGCCUCACCAAAUUUAACUUCGCAGCCUCAAAUAAUGAGGCUGAGUAUGAAGCGGUUAUCGCCGGACUACAGCUAGCUCGUAAGCUCGGGGCCACACACAUUUUGGUCUAUAGUGAUUCUCAACUCGUCGUAUGCCAAAUAUUAGGCGAAUACGAGGCCAAGGAGGAGGUAAUGCAACGUUACCUCUCCAAGGUCCUCCAGCUGGUGGCGUACUUUGAGUCCUUCGAAAUUCAAAGAAUCCCGCGGUCGCAAAACAGGAGAGCCGAUGCUCUCUCCCGGCUCGCUUCAACCUCUUUUGCCGACCUUAACAAAACGGUUCUCGUGGAAGUCUUAGCCGAGCCAGGGUAUAGAGAGGACGAGGUAUACCCCAUUUACCCUGGGGACACCUGGAUGGGACCGUCCUAUCUUGGCCCCUGGCUGCGGUGCAUCACUCCGGAGGAAGGCGAAAGGAUUCUUCAAGACAUCCAUGAGGGACUUUGUGGUGCUCACGUCGGCUUCAGGAUGCUCGUGAAAAAAGUUUUGCUACUCGAGUACUUCUGGCCCACCAUGAAGGUGGAUGCCCAGGUCAUGGUUCUCUGUUGCCCUUCUUGUCAGCACCACGCCCCUGAGCACCACCAACCUACUAAUCUAAUGAUUCCUAUUACCUCGCCAUGGCCAUUCGAACAAUGGGGGACUGACAUAAUCGGUCCAUUCCCCAGAGCUCCUGGCAAUUAUGCCUAUGUGGUGGUAGCAAUGGACUACUUCACCAAAUGGGUCGAGGUCGAGCCCUUGAAGAAUAUCACUGGUUCGGCCGUCCAAAAAUUCUUCUGGAAGAACGUGCAUUUCACCUCGGUGGGACACCCCCAAGCUAACGGACAAGCCGAAAAUUUCAACCGAACCCUCCUCCACGGCCUUAAAACCAGGUUCCACCGGGUUGGAUCGUCGUGGAAGGAAGAGCUUCCUAGCGUGCUGUGGUCAUACCGAACUACGCCGAGGUCGGCCACCCAGAAAACUCCUUUUUCCCUGACUUAUGGAUCGGAGGCUGUCGUUCCGGCCGAGUUUAUUACACCCAGUCCCCGGAUAGCCGCGUACGCUGCUGAAGUCAACGAAGAGGAGCGGCGAGUCAACCUCGACCUUGCCGAGGAGAAGCGUGAUAUGGCCGCGGGCAAGGUUGCUACCUAUAAAAAUAUCCUAACUAGCUAUUACAAUGCUCGGGUCAAACGCCUAAGGUUCAGUCCGAGAGACCUCGUGCUCCGGAAGAACUCGUUAGUCGAGCUGAGCCCCAGGGAAAACUUAAUCCCAAGUGGGAAGGACCCUACCGUGUUGUUGAGUCCAGCCAAAAUGGAUAUUGUAAAUUAA